AUGUCAUCUUCUUCGGAAACAUCUUACACACUCGCAGCAGAGCAAAUAACUAUCUAUGGUAGUUUUCUGCUAUUCGUCCUGGGUGUAGUAGGCUCACUACUCAAUAUUCUUGUUUUUCUUACUCUUCGCACUUUCCGACAAAGCUCAUGUGCUUUUUAUCUGACUGCCAUGUCUGGCGUUAACUUAGGAUACUUACUAAGUUCCGUAUUACCUCGCGUUCUGUUAGCGCUGUAUGAUAAUGACGGAACCGAAAAUUCGUUAUUUUAUUGCCGGUUUCGAAACUACUUAUCCACAGUGUGUUCAAUCUUAUCUUUAACAUGUUUUUGCUUAGCUACCAUGGAUCAAUAUUUCGCUACAUGUACUCGAUCUCGAUUUCAUCGAUGGUGUAAUAUCAAAGUAGCUCAACGCUUGGUCAUAAUUUUUAGUGUUGUAUGGAUUCUACAUAGUCUCCCAUAUUUUUUUCUCUUUAAUCAUGUUCGUUCGCCAAUUUCUCAAAAAAACAGCUGUGUCAUGACAAACACCUUCUAUAUCCAAUAUCGUGCCUACUGCAUUGUUAUUGUUCUCAUGGGCGUUUUACCUAUGUCCAUCACAAUUAUAUUCGGCUCAAUGGCUUAUCAUAACGUUCAACAAUUAGCAUAUCGGACAGUUCCGAUCGUUCGACAACAAUUAGAUAAACAACUGACAGUGAUGGUCCUAACACACGUUGUUCUCGAUUGUUUUGCUAUAAUACCAUUCACUGUUUCGUAUAUUGUUCAAUUGAAUACAAAGCAAAUAAACAAUGCAGCGGUGACAACAGCAAUUCAUCUUGUUUACAAUACUGCCGUCGUCGUCAGUUAUUUGCAUUUUUCAAGCCCAUUCUAUAUUUAUAUUUGCGUGUCCGAAAGAUUCCGUCGACAAUUACUUCGCGUCUUGCAGAAUAUUCAUUUUAAACUAUUCAAACCAAAACCAAAAAUAGAUAUCAACCGGGUGGCGCCUACAGAUUAA